AUGAUUCGCGCCACGAAGCGAGACGAGCUCGUCUCGCGAAUUCGCACGAAGAUCCGCGAAGAAAAGCUCGCAAACGCCAAACUCAUGAAGGCGCCUGUCCCCAACGUUGCAGGGCACAUCGUGGAUCCCAUCAAAUACCACGUCGCGCGCCGCACGGUUCGACUGGGCAGGUUGAUUCAGGCGCAGCUGGAGGAGUUCCUCACGUGGAACUCUCCCCACAUGCUCUUCGGCGUCCUUGACGGCGCCGCGGUCUCGAUUCACCACGUGGAGCAGCGCACAACGAAAUCGGUCUGCUACGUCUACUACUCGCUGACUUCCGCACACGACCCUGAAGAAACGCAGCGCCGGCUUGACCGCGCCGCGCCGCAGCUGCGCAUGCAGAUCGCGCGGCGCCUGCAGCUGGGCUACACUCCCGAGAUCCGCUUCCUCCCUCAACCCGACGGCGAACUCUUCAACAAAAACCGGCUCUUCAACUUGACGCGCCCUAGCAAGAAGUCGCUCGAGGGCGGGCGCGACCGCGAAGAGAGUUUUCAGGUGUUGAAAGCGGGGUGGAACAAAAGCAUGAACGGCUUUUAG